AUGUACAAGCACCAAGGUUCCUAUCGAAUUAUUACAGAAAAAGAUAUUAAUAUUUUUACAGACAACUCAAAGAAAGAUCCAGUUUUAUUCGGCAUCAAAAGUAUUACUGGUUGUUGUCAACAUUUAGCUGGGAGUUACGACAAUAACUAUAACAUCUAUAAUGUUGGAACUACUACACCUGAAACUUCAUCCACUACCAGUAUAACUUCAAAACCAUCAAUUACCACUCUUCGUUCUACUACUACGAGUACUACAACGAAACAGUCAACCAAUAUUAGUACAACUUCGAAACCAUCAACUACAACUCUUCGUUCUAAAACUAUUACCAACCAUCCUAUGAAACAACAAUCUAAUGAUCCACAGUCAUCAAAUUCUAGUGGAACGCCAGGAUCCAUAGUAGGAGCAGAGGUAGAAGAGGCAGUGGUUACAGGAGUAGCUGGAAUAUCAAGUGUAGCAGGGGUAGCAGGAGUAGUUGGAGUAGCAGAAAUAGAAACAGCAGCAGGAGGAGUUAGAGGAGUAGUACUGGCAGGUUCAGCUGUGAUAGAAACUGUGACGGAGAGAGUAGUUGAAAAAGAUAUAGAGGAAAAAAAAAACGUCAAGAGAAAGAAAAAACAUCGGGAAGAAAUAGAGAGAAAAAAUCAAGAGGAAGAAGAGAAAAAACGUAAAGAAGGAGAAGUAAAAAAACACGAAGAAGAAGAAGAAAAAAAAUGCCGAGAAGAAAUAAUAAGAAAAUGUCGAGAGGAAGAAGAGAAAAAAAAUCGAGAAGAAACAGUAGAAAAAUAUCGGGAGGGAAAAGCAAAAAAACGUAGAGAUAAAGAAGUGAAAAAACAUCGAAAAGAAAAAUAAGAGAAAAAAUGCCGAGAAGAAGAAGUGAAAAAACACCAAGAAGAAGAAGAGAAAAAACGUCAAGAAGAAACAGCAAGAAAACAUAGAGAGGAAGAAUCGAAGAAACACCGUGAAGACGAAGAGCAAAAAUGUCAAAAAAAAAAUAGCAAGAAAAUAUCGAGAGGAAAAACAGAAAAAACGUAGAGAGAAAGAAUCGGAAAAAUACCAAGAACACCAUCGAGAAGACGAAGAGAAAAAACGCCCAGAAGAAAUAGCAAGAAAACUUCAAUAGGAAAAGCAGAAAAACGUUGGAAAGAAGAAGAGCGCCGACAAAGAGAAGCACAAAAAAAGUUAGAUGAGUUUUUAGAACAGUGGGUCGUAGUUAAUA